ACCCUAGAUCAAGUACCAACCAUCAAAUCCAACUCAGUCAAAAUUUUCAUCAGUUCCACCUUUUCUGAUAUGGUAGAAGAGAGAAACGCUCUGGCUGAAAAUGUUUACCCUAAACUACGAGAAUAUUGUAGAGAAACUCACGGAUUAGACUUUCAGGCGGUUGAUAUGAGAUGGGGAGUGCCACUAGAUGCUGUAGAAUACCACACUGCUACAGAACUAUGUUUAGCUGAACUACGAUCCUGUCAAUCUCAAUCUAUAGGACCAAACUUCGCAGCAUUUCUGGGUCAGAGAUAUGGGUGUGUUCCUCUACCAUCGAGUAUUUUGAGGGCCGAGUUUGAGUUAUUAGAGAGUCACAUGGUGGAAGACGACCAGUCUUUAAUGAAUAUAUGUUAUUUAAAGGAUCAGAAUGUCCAUUCUAAUUUAUAUCGAUUACAAACUAUUUCCCAUAUAACUGAGAAUGUAAAACGAACGUGGUAUGAUAUAGAGCAGGAUUUAAAACGGAUAAUAAUACAGUCAUCAUCUUCUGCCGUGGAGGCGAAGGAACUCAGUCGAGAAUCAUUCCGAAAACUCAAUGCUUCAGUAACCGAGCAUGAGAUGUACGAGGGUUUGAUCGACGUAAAGCGACAAAAAGAUCGAGAAAACAACAUUUUGCUUUAUGUCCGGGAUAUCCAGGACCUUCAUUGUCAUUAUCAAGAUGCUAAAGCGAGGAAAUUUGUGGAUUUGACCGAGGAUUGUCAAAUCAAUCCAGAAAUUAAGAAAUCUCUUGACGAUAUGCGAGAAAAUUCUAUCCAAAAAUUACCUGGAUAUAACUGUCUUAAGUCGUCAAUCACGUGGUGUGAGAACGGUAUGACGUCAACUUCCCACAAGCCUUAUCUUAAUCGGAUGUGCAGCCAUUUCUUUAAAACCACGUGUGCGUUAGUGGAUCGGAAUAUUGCCAGUCAGAAGAAGUUAGAUACUGAUCCAUUGUAUCAAGAAGUAGUCGAGCAUUGGGUGAUUUUAAAAGGACGAUGCGAAACGUUUGUGGGCCGAGAUGAUGUUUUCAACCACAUUAAAGACUAUCUUAGUUCGAAAGACUCACGACAUCCGUUAGUAAUACACGGUAACUCGGGCAGUGGGAAAACCUCAAUUUUAGCCAAAACUGCUUUAUUGGUGGAAUCCAGCAUGCCUUCGAUUUCCAAACCUCAAUUAGUCUUCCGUUUUCUGGGAACAACACCAAAGAGUUCUUCCAUUCAACCCCUAUUGUACUCAGUGUGCCACCAAAUAGCCUUCAUCAGCGACAAAGACCGAGCUAAAGUUCCCGAGGAUAUCGCAGAACUAAAAAAAUAUUUCACUGAAGUGGUCAAAUCGGGAGAUUUUCCAGGGACAAUCGUAAUAAUUUUGGACUCACUGGAUCAGCUGUCACCAAAUUUCUCUGGCUUAAAGCUAGACUGGUUACCAAGCCGCCAUGCUCCG